AAACUAAUACUGUCUCUUUUUACAACUAUAGGGCUCUGGCCUCAAGAAUGGUACGCGGGAGUGAAAGAGAUAGCCGUCAAGUCUCCCUUCCUCGUCUCUCAGACUUCACUGCGCUCGGAAAUGCGCGAACUUCAGUACACGUCAGCUGUCAGGAACGAUUCUGUGUCACAAAUUGAGUUGCAGGAGUUGAAGACUCAGAUCCUGAACUUGUUGGAACAUCCUGCUGAUGUGACUGUUAUUGUCAACAAGUUGACGUUUGCGCCGUGCAUGUAUUUACUGAGUGUUUAUUGGCUGGAGACUUUAAGGGUUACGAACUCUCCAGAGCCGAGUUUACAGCCGAUCAUAGAGUAUUUGAGUGACACCGCGCUUCAGAAAGACAAGAGUGGGAUGUGGCAAUGUGUUGCCAGCGUCGGCGAUAAAGUAUUCCAAAAGUUCCUUGACGUAAUGUCAGAGAAGGUCAAAGACGAGUCCCGGGAGAGAGAGCUAGAGAGUCACGCCCAGUUCCUACUGGUGAACUUCAACCACAUCCACAAGCAAAUCAGAAGGGUCGCCGACAAGUGGCUGGCCGGCUUGGUGGACAGAUUUCCUCAUCUCUUAUGGAACUGUAGGGUGCUAUGGUCAAUGCUGGACAUCCUUCAAGUGUUGAGCUUCAGUCUGGAACUUGACGCGAACCAAGAAACACCUCUGUUGAAGGUGCCCGGCACUGACUUCACUCUACAGCUGCAAGACACGUUGGAAGGGAGAGAGAGCAUUGUAAAAGACUUCGCGGACCGCUGCCAUGGUAUUGUUCAAGAGGCUAUGAAGUGGGCGCCCCAGUCGACAAGGUCGCACUUGCAAGAAUACCUCAACCAGGUUCCAAACUCUACACUCUGGCACCACUGUGGCCUGGCAUUAGCUACGGGCGCGUUAUUAGGCGCUGCAGGCCUCAAUCGUAUGUCGGCGCCUUUACCCCGCGCUGCGUUGGACAAGCGGCCGCCUUGCGUGACUCAAGACUCGGCUGCUUUGUUGGCUGUAGUAUCACAACGAAGUCGGUAUGCGGGCGAG